UUCUUUUCCAAUGCUCGAAGUUCUAAAUUUCAUUUGCUUGGGACAUUGCAGGAGGACUCUGCAUACUUAUACGAUGCUUUAAUGCCUACUCUGAAAGUUAUUGUGGAAACUGCUACUAAUGAUACAAGUAACACGCUACUGGCCAAAUCCACGGAAUGCAUUACCAUGGCUGCAGUGGCUGUUGGAAAUCUAGCAAUCAAUGAUUAUGUUGAAAAGGUCACUGCAGUACUCACUUCACUGCACAGAACUCAAACGGAGAUAGAAGAUCCAAUGAGGAGACUUCUGUUACUAGAAUGCGGUAGACUAUGCAAAUUCUUGGGGGCAGAUUUCCUUCCUUAUCUGAGACUUGUCAUGCCCGUUACGUUAAAAUCUGCUUUGCUAAAGAACUGUUUGAGUGUUUCCGAUAAUUCAGAUACAGAUGAUUCUGAUUAUGGAAGCAUGAUUAAAGCCACUGAUGGGAAUAAAAAGAUCGGGAUAAGAGCUGUACUUCUGGAAGAGAAGGCCUUGGCCUGUCAUAUGCUAUGGUUCUUUUCAACUGAGUUAAAGGAAGGGCUGCAUUUAUGGGUUAAUGAGGUUGUUAGUGCUUUAGUUCCGAAUCUUACCUAUAAAUUCAGUGAAGAAGUUAGAAUGGCUGCCGUUUCUGCAAUGCCGUUACUGUUAAGUUCAGCUUCUUGUGCUAUGAAGAAAGGGCUACUUUUAACAGGUUGUGGCAAGUCCCCAGUUCAAAAGCUAUCUGACACUAUUAUCUCGUCUUUGCUUGAUGCAUUAAAAAAGGAGUCAAAGGUACAAAUUCAAGCAAGAUUAUUGGAGGCAUUCAACGAAAGCAUUCAGGUUCCGGGUUCAUGUCUAAGUAAAAACCAAGCUGAAAAAUUUGUUGAUGGCAUAUCAAAGGUUCUCUCCAGAUGCUCAUACCGCAAAACAGAAAGAGAGAAACGAGCUAAAGAACACACAGGUUCAAGGGAGCAGGAGCUACUUAAGGAAGAAGCUGAGCAACACUUAACUAUAUGUAGAAAUAUUGGCAUUUGCCUCGGAACUAUGGUGAAAAAACUAAAGGCAUCAUUCUUGCCAAAUUUUGACAAGUUUUUGCCUUAUGUAUCACUUAUGUGGAGUAAUGAUAGAACAGCAGAAGAAAGAAGAAUUGUAGUGCACCUUUUCCGUGAUGUUGCUGAGCAGUGCCGAGAAGAAGCAUUCAGGCACGUCUUGCAAUUUUCAGUGUCUUAUUGAUCAUGAUAAGUUCAGUUGGCUUAGCUGAACGUCUUUUUUUUUAAUCAGGUACUAUGAGGACUGGAUACCUCUCCUGCUUAGAAUCUACAAUCACAAGAAUCCAGAUGUUCAGCAGCUCGUGGCAACUGCAAUUGGUAUUUGUGCUGAAUUUGGAGCAGAUUUCCUUAAGCCUCAUACUAAAGG